AAUUAUAAAUUUAAAUUUAUUAAUUAUUGAUUGGAAAUAAUAAGCACUAAAAUUCUAGCCGUUAUUAGAUGGUAUUAGGUAAGCGUGGUAAAUAAUAUGAAUAUACCUUACAGACCAAUUGAGAAUUAAGCAACACCAAAUUUAAAUCAUAGGUUUGACGUUUGGUUGAAUUUGAAAUGAAUUUGAGUUUUAUUUUGAAUAAAUACUUACACGUUACGAUUUUAAAAUAAAAUUCACAAACCUCUCAGAUAGCUAGUCCUAAAAAGGUUAUAAUUGUAUAUCUACAUGUAGAUAUUCACUUGACAACUAAUAAAAUGGCAACUGGAGAUAAGUUUAAAAUUUCCUUUCAAAAAUGUAAAGUGAAUGAUUCUCGUAUUACCAUUCAGAAACUCGUUCAAUUGCUGGAACAUCCUGCCACAAAAACUAAUAUAGAUCGACAUUUAGAAUAUCUGGAUGAAUUACUGAGAGCGACAACAUAUGCAUUUGUAUGCUUUUAAGUGUUUUAUUUUUAUAAGGUGUCCUACGACGAUCUUACAGUUUAAGUAUAAAAGUAACUAAAAAAGAAACUUGAAGCUUCAUGGUUGUUGUUAAUUGCAAAUGUAUAAUUUAAAGCAUCAUGUCAUGAACAAAUUAUUCAAAAUCCUAAAACUCACAGUUUGAAUUAAACUUAUAAUUGUUAAAUUUUGAUGUCUUUCUAACUAAAAUAUUUUUGACAUUUGUUUCCAGUUGUAACAGAUGUUUGUACCAAUUCAAACAUGUAAUAGAAGUGAUCUCAAAAUUAUUACAAACAUUCACAAUCCUUAUAUACUCUUGUCUUAAAAUCGUCAUAAGAAUUAGAAUGUCAUCAUAUUUAACUUACUUCUUGAUCUUCUUUAGUGGCUUACAGAACUUCCUUAUGUUACACGAUUACUGGAAAUACUUUUUGAAAAAAAACAUGAUUAUACUGUUUUUGAGCCUUACUUUCCAAGAAUAUUGAUGCUUUGUUCAAUUCCACCCUUACAAGAAAAAUCUACUGAGGCCAUUUGGUAUGGUAUUCAUUUAGAAGAAUUUUUUAAUGUUCUAGGAUAUUUUUUAAUGGUUGUGGAAGAAGAAUAUCAGAAUAUUAUCAUCUAUGUUAUCACAUGUUUAAUUUUAAGAAAAACGAUGGAUACCGAAAUUUCUGUUUCGGAACAAUCUUGUCGAGAUGCAAUUGAGAAAAGUAAUUUGCCAGAAAUUAUAGCGCAUAUGUUUGUCGACUCUAAUGAUGAACUUUAUAAAAAACUUCUGAACCUUGCUUAUAAAUUGGCAGAGAAAUCAAAACCUAUAUGUCAAAAGUUUGUUAUGUCUGCUGCUUUAACACCCUUAAUGCUCCGUUUUUAUCCAAAAUGGAAAGAAUGUGAUCGUGAGGAACGUUUUGAAACUGAAAUUGAAACGACAUCUAUUGAGCACUAUUUCACAGUAACAAACUUAAUAGCAUUGCUGUUAGAUAGCAUUAAGGAAAAUUUUUCCAAUUUUAAAAAAAUUGUCAUAUGGCCGACAUCCACUGCUUUAAAAAAUUUUUUAUUGAUAUUGAGAGUGUAUACGAAAUGGAGAGGAUAUCAGGUGGAACGAAAUAGUAUUUUGGCAAUUUUUUUAAAAAUACUGUCGCUCCACCCUUUACUAUCAAAUUUAAAUACAUGCGGUUUUGCAAAUGAUCUUGCUCUUUUAAGUGUUGCAACUGAAAUGGGUACUGCAGGCACUUGGGCUUCUACAGUUACAUUUCUACCAGAUGAAAGGGAUUAUGAAUUUAAGAGAAUGCUACUGAUAGCAUUAUGCUUGAAAUCAAGAGAUAUAGAUCUAAAUUUACUUAAAACUAGAAAAGUUAUUCCUGGAUUACUCCGAAUAAUUACACCAGGAAUGAAUAUUCCCUGGAGACCAGAUUUCUAUUGUGGCUUACUUCGUUUAGCAUUUUAUGUUCUACAAUUAUAUCUUGAGCAAUUAUCAAGUGAAUUUAUGAACAAUAAUGGACCAGUAAGAACUCUAAUGAUGAUUGAAUAUUACACCAUUAAACCAUACAGCAAUGAUGCGCUAAUAAGUGCCCUGCAUUUUCUAAAAUUUUUAACCGAAGUUCGUAUUCGCAAUAUGAUCGAAGAACUUGAAAAAAAUCACUGUGUUGAAAUACUACUAUGUAUAUGGGAGCAGCUGAUGGCAAACAGUUUAAGGCAGUCAUCUCAAAAGUGUUUAAUGUACAUAUUUUUUAUUCUUAACAAAAUGAAUGUCGACAAGCAAAAAGACUUCUUAAUGAUACUUCAUAUAGAACUACUUAAAAGGGUUUUGAAUCCAACUAAAGAAGACGUCAUUGCCAACGAUAAAAUGCUAGUAACACACAUUAGACUUUUAUGGAAUAGCCUUACUUCUUUUGAUAAAUCUUUUGAUUCGUUCAUUGCUAAUAGUGGAAUUUUUAUUCUACUUGAUACAAUUAAGAAUUGCACAAUGGCUGUAAAAGCAGUUGCUCUUGGUUUACUGGUCGAUUUAUGUGAAGAAGGUACAUGUAUUCCUUACGUCGUAACUUGGAGAUCACGAGGGAAAACUUUUCUUAAUCUCCUGAUUGAUAUUUUUAUGGAAGAAAAUAGAAUGUUAAAAGUUAAAGUAAAUGAAAAUUGUAUCAUAAAAGAUCCUGAAUGGCCAAUAUGUGGACAUAAACAGAAAGAAGAAAUUGAAAGAAAAGAUAAAAAUUCAAGUGCGAGUCCAUCUACAAUUGAUUUAUUGGGCAGUUGCAGAUCGAAAGUAUACGCACUUCUUCAAAUUUUAAAUUUCAUUCAUGAAGAGAAAGUAGAAAUGUGUAAUGAACAAUAUCAUAUUUUUGAUAAAAGGGUUUCUAUUACUGACCAAAUUAGCCUAUUGUUAGCACAAAAUUAUUUAUUACUCAAAUUGGGUGAGGUAUGGUCAGAAAUUCAAAUUGAUUUAAUCAAUGAAAAUUUGCAACCAAUUGAUCUGGAUUCGUUUCUUUUGGAUACAGUCACUAAAUACUACAGAAAUUGGGGAUUACGUAUUCAAGAGGCUCAACAUGAGAUCAUACAACAGAAUCGUUUCAAAGAACUGAUAGCAGAAAAGGAGCUGUAUCUUUUAUUAAAAGAAGCCCGAUUAUCUAAUUCAUAUAAAGCAUUGGUGGAAUUAAAACUAUUAGCAAGAUCCAGUGAAAUUAUAUUUAGAUUAAGAGGAACUCAGCGGCAAAGGAAACACCUUAAUUUAGAAAAUAUGGCUGUUGGCAAAUGGAUGUUUAACUUGCCCGUUCAACCAAUUUAUCAUCAACACAUUAAAAUACCUAUUGAUGAAACAAAGCUAGAUGAGAAGUGUGAUUUAGAUGCUGUAUCAUCAGCAGCAUCAACAGAUAAUGAAUGUAAUAUCGCAAAGUUUGAACAGGAAGAGAGCUCAGAGUGUUGAUUUUACUUUUCCAUAUAGUUUUUAAUGAAUCAUAUACGACUGAUUAUUUAAAUAAACAAUUUACAGUU